GCCAGCAAACCAAAGAAGAAGAUCUGGCAGUGACUUGUAACUCUGGGAAAGUUUUUAGUUGUCCCGCUGCUUUGCUGUAAACAACAAUGGCGGCACCCUAGUUUCAUUAGCUUGUACUGUUGUUUAGCUUUCAAAAGGCCAACAUCUCAACUAUAUUCUCUGUCGUUGUUGACAGUCCCGUCGGUGUAGAAUGGACGUCGCAGGAGAGGAAGAACCGAAGCCAAUAAAGCUCAAAUCCAUGAAGAACAAAGUAUUUACAGUGCCUAACAAUGAUAGGUUUGGGAGCUGCCGAAGUGUCCGAGAGUUUGAAAAGCUCAACCGGAUCGGGGAAGGAACCUACGGCAUUGUGUACCGUGCUCGGGACACCAAGUCUGAUGAAAUUGUAGCUCUGAAGAAAGUUCGGAUGGAUAAAGAGAAAGACGGCAUCCCCAUCAGCAGCCUAAGAGAGAUCACCCUGUUGCUGCGGCUCAGACAUCCGAACAUCGUGGAGCUGAAGGAGGUGGUUGUGGGCAGUCAUCUGGAGAGUCUGUUUCUGGUGAUGAGUUACUGUGAGCAGGACCUGGCUAGCCUGCUGGAUAACAUGCAGACACCUUUCACUGAAGCUCAGGUGAAAUGUAUCAUCUUGCAGUUGUUAAGAGGUUUGGGGUACCUCCAUCACACGUUCAUCAUUCAUAGGGACCUGAAGGUGUCUAAUUUGCUGAUGACAGACAAAGGCUGCGUUAAGAUCGCUGACUUUGGACUGGCUCGCAUGUAUGGCGUCCCCCAGCAACCCAUGACCCCCAGAGUGGUCACCUUGUGGUACAGAGCUCCAGAGCUCCUCCUUGGAAGUAAGACUCAAACAACAGCUCUGGACAUGUGGGCUGUGGGUUGUAUCCUGGCAGAGCUGCUGGCCCACAAACCCUUACUUCCUGGAACAUCUGAGAUCCAGCAGGUGGACCUAAUAGUCCAGUUACUGGGGACACCGAAUGAAAACAUUUGGCCGGGCUUUACUGCGCUGCCUCUCAUUGGUCAGUACAGUUUGAGGAAGCAGCCCUACAACAACCUGAAGAACAAAUUCACUUGGCUGUCUGAAGCGGGACACAGACUGCUCAACCUGCUUUUCAUGUACAACCCACAGCGCAGAGCUUCUGCCAAAGAUUGUUUGGAGAGUUCCUACUUCAAGGAGAAACCUUUACCCUGCGAGCCUGAACUGAUGCCGACCUUCCCUCACCAUCGCAACAAACGUGCCGCUUAUCAACCGGAGAAACAUUCCAAACGCAGCAAAGUCUGAGCGACGAUCCAAGCAGAAAGUGAUGGCUCACCAGUUUUGUUUUGUUGCUGCUCAGUCCAUCAUUUAUUUCUGAGGUUUUCUUAUUAUUACCAAACUCAUAAACACUUGAUUAUUGGUUCGCUUCAGUUUUAUGGAGAAUACAUUUACUUCAAAUACUCUGGAAUUGUUUGUCAUAAAAAUGCACUCAGUCACUGGUUGUUGUAUUCAGUGGUAAAACAUCAUAUGGCUCUCAUAGAAAAAUGUUUUUAAAUAUUUAGAUUUCAUGGCUCUCUCAGCCAAAAAAGGUUACCAACACCUGUCAUAAAAGAUUCGAAAUCAUAAGAAAAAGUAAGAAUGUUGCCAUUUAAGCACAUUUCUACAUCACACAGCUGGCACACAGACACGUCAUUUCAACUUUUCCUAAGAUGUCAAAAGUGGUCAAAUAAGUAUUGUGGUUACAAAUAUGCACUAGAAUGUGUUCAAUUUUUGUUGAGAAUCAUCUUUUUUUAUCAUUUUUUCCCCAUUAAUUGUGGUAGCGUCACAGUGCAUUACACAGUGUUGACACUGAGUGUCCAUUGACUUCAGUGGGGGAGCAUAGAGUGGGUUUUUCCACUGCAGCCAAACUAGACAAUCGUUGGAGAAAUCGCCCAUUGGAUGGAAAGUGGCCUGGCCGCUGACCUUCCACAUGAUUGGAUGACACUAAAAUGAGCAAAUCAGCAAUCUUGAAACAAAAACCACUGCCAGAGCAUUUUUCAAGUUUUAUUCAGUUGUUCUGUGUUCAAAUGGAGGAUUUUAUAAUCCUCUUGACAUUUUCUUUGUAAAAUCUAGCAUCUUUGUAUUUAUUUUAUUGGAGACUGUCAUGCUUAGAGAGAAGUUGAAAAAGAGCUUCCCCUACUUGAAAGACAAGCAGCUGGUCUAUCCGUCUGAAUAUAAAACAAAAAUAAACCUUAUGA